UCUUGUACUGACUUCUACAGUUGAAAUCUGAGAGUAGGCUCCAAUCUGCGUUUCUUUGAAGUUUUACUUUCCAAAUUCUAUAAACCCCAAAUGUGAAGACUCAGUGUACCUGGACACAAUCUGGAAUGCCUAGAUCACUCUGCUUUAGACCCUCUAUCUUCUUGACCUUUUCAAUUCCAGAGCAUUUUCUCGCCAAAACCUUUAGAAGGGCAAUUUCUCAUUACCCUUCUCCCAUGGCCACCUUAUCGACCACAGAGAAAGAUGCCGUUUCCGGUCAGAGCCAGUCGACGCAGAAGACUCAGCAGCCAUUGCAAGUGGCAAAACGUCUGGAGAAGUUCAAAACUACAAUUUUCACGCAAAUGAGUUCACUUGCCAUCAAACACGGUGCAAUAAAUCUUGGUCAAGGCUUUCCCAAUUUUGAUGGUCCAGAUUUUGUUAAAGAAGCAGCUAUUCAAGCCAUAAGGGAUGCAAAGAAUCAAUAUGCUCGUGGAUAUGGGGUUCCAGAUUUCAACUCUGCAAUUGCUGCCCGGUUCAAGAAAGAUACUGGGCUUGUGGUGGAUCCUGAGAAAGAAGUUACUGUCACCUCUGGGUGUACUGAAGCCAUUGCUGCAACUAUGCUAGGCUUGAUAAAUCCUGGUGAAGAAGUGAUCCUAUUUGCUCCGUUCUAUGAUUCGUAUGAAGCCACGCUAUCUAUGGCUGGUGCCAAAAUCAAAUGCAUUACUUUGCAGCCCCCAGAUUUUGCUGUUCCCAUUGAGGAGCUUAAGUCCAUCAUAUCAAAGAAUACUCGUGCAAUUCUUAUCAACACACCACACAAUCCCACUGGGAAGAUGUUUACUAGGGAGGAGCUGAGCACUAUUGCAUCACUUUGCAUUGAGAAUGAUGUUCUGGUUUUUGCUGAUGAAGUUUAUGAUAAGUUGGCCUUUGAAAUGGAUCACAUAUCUAUGGCCUCUCUGCCUGGAAUGUAUGAGCGGACAGUAACUAUGAAUUCAUUAGGGAAGACAUUCUCGUUAACUGGGUGGAAGAUUGGCUGGGCAAUUGCUCCUCCACACCUGACAUGGGGAGUGCGGCAGGCACACUCGUUCUUAACUUUUGCUACCUCCACUCCAAUGCAGUGGGCAGCUGCAGUGGCCCUUAGAGCUCCAGAUUCUUACUAUGUAGAGCUAAAAAGGGACUAUAUGGAAAAGAAGGCAAUUUUAGUGGAGGGAUUGAAGGCUGUUGGUUUCAAAGUUUUCCCAUCAAGUGGGACUUACUUCGUUAUUGUUGAUCACACCCCAUUUGGCCAGGAAAACGAUAUUGCAUUUUGCGAAUAUCUGAUCAAGGAAGUUGGAGUGGUAGCAAUCCCAACCAGUGUAUUUUAUUUAAACCCAGAAGAUGGGAAGAAUUUGGUGAGAUUCACCUUCUGCAAAGACGAAGAAACUUUGAGGGCUGCAGUAGAGAGGAUGAAAGAGAAACUGAAGAGAAAUUGAUCCUGUUUAUAUGCGUCAAUUUCUAAGAACUCAAACAGGCAUGGAAUAUAUCGGUAUUGUAAUAUAAACAUCUCCUUUAGAAGGUAAAUUGUAUCCUUCUGCAAUAAUUGGAAGGCUAAUUGCUUGUUUAUUACAGCAUUUAGUGGAAUAAACAUCAAAUUGCUCUA